CUGGAGGUAAACAUGGAGACUCUCUCGAAGAUCCUCUUGAAGACAUCGUCGAUUCCUUCGACAAACUUCUCGGCAGUUCGAUUGUGAAAGAAAAACUUGCCGAGCUGACUAGAAAGACAGGAAGUAAAAGAGAACAAAUAAUCAUCCUGAAAAAGUCCGACAUUGCCGAUGAUAUUCCAGAGGGGGAACUGCACAACACAUCCUCCAUCGAGAAAGAUAGGAGAUGUAACGCUCGUCGUGAAUACCACGAUUGAUAGCGCACGUGAUGAAGAUGCAUUGAUGAUCACCUUCCAAACGGAGGUGAAACCACCGCCGAAUGCAAAGGUUUGCAAGACAGACAAGAAUUGUGACAAACAGCAAUUUUGCCAUCGGGAGAUCUUCCUCGGCUUCGAUCUCAGCUACUGCAUGGCCUGCUCCAAAAACGGCGGCAGGUGUCACGCUGACAGCCACUGCUGCGACAAGAGCCUGUGUCGGUGGGGGCGCUGUCGAGAGGGCGCCACCAGCGGCCAGAUUGGGACGAUCUGCGUGAAGGACUCGGGCUGCGGUGAAAACGAGUGUUGCGCCUUGGUAGAAGGGAUCGACGAAGCUAUCUGCCGCCCUCUCGCGACUGAGGGCCAGCACUGCUGCAGCAAGGACGAAGCGGAGAAUCUCAAGAAAGGAAACAAAAAGACCAAGUCAUCCCUUUCUCUGUUUGAAAAAUUUAUCCAAGAAAGGAGCAUCCCUUACCAGGGCUUGCCUUUCGAAUGUCCUUGCAUCAAAGGCUUGAAAUGCGUCAACUACGGCCAAACAUUCGUCAGUGUAUUCGAUCUGCCAGAAGCUCAGUACGGCGGAGUGUGCGUGCCGGGAUGGGCCCAGCCAGACCGGCCGGUGGCUCCAACGCUAGACGAGAUCAGCAGGCUGCAAGCCGAGAAGAUUGAAGGUGUCAUCGGUGGCAAGAAGGAGGAAUAAUAACUCCGUGAUUCGAGAAAUAUAAUGCACAAAAUACAUGUGUAUUAUUUUCAGUUCUUGAUGCAUGUAUUGGUCAAACUUAAGAUUGAUGGGUGUAAUUUACAUGUAUAAGUUUAAGCCUUUUAUAGUACCCCGUAUCUAUUUUCUUUCCAGUACUUGUCGAUCUUGCCUUUAAACUUCACCACCUCUGCUGGAAGCCCAUCAUUCCACACGACUACAACUCUCUGCAUGAGAGAAGAAGUACUUUCUUAUAUUUAGUCCCUUGUUGAGCCGCUUCUUGAAUACAUGUAGCUUGAUUUUGUGGCCUCUUGUUCCAGUGUGAGACAUGGAAAACAGGUCUUCUGGCUUGAUGUCAUCCAGACCAUUUUAGGAUCUUGAACAACAGUCCUGAUCAAACCUCCUCUCAUUCUCCUGACCUCCCAUGAUACAGAUGUAACCCUUCCAACCUUUCAUGAUAAGAUUUGUACCCAAGGCUUGGAACCAACUUUGUUGCCCCUAACUUGGCACUACAUGUACACGUAUCAUUCAGAAGACUGAAUAAAUUUCGUCCAAUACACCAAAUUGACAUCUCGUGCUAGCAAAGCUAUUGUGGGAUACAAAUUGUGAAUAACAUCGCUGUCGUGUUGCUAAUGGUCAUCUAUUGUCACUCGGACCGCGUGACUUAUUUUUUUUAUAAUCGAAAAAAAUGUUUAGUAGAAUUGGUACUUGCAAGUAAAAAUGCUGAUUUGGCUUUUUCACUCCAUUUCAUUUCCAUCCAGUGCACAAUUUUGGGGUUUCAAGUUACCUUUGGCACGCUGCAGGCAUUAACUUAGAGAAAGAAUUAAGACACUCUUUAAAAUGUCAUUAUAUCUUAUAUAUAUAUACUUUAUUCGACAAACAAUUAAAAACAUUCAACUACAUGUACUAUGAUUACAAUUAAUAUGAUUAGAAUUAAAACAUAUCUCCACAACUAAAUAUACAAGCAUCAAUAUCUUCAUGACCCGGUUUUCUAUAGUUGGAGCAAAGGUCUCAUUAAACUACGUUCUAUUCCAGUCAGUAAAAAAAUAUACCAUUGAAAUUACUGCAAUUUAAUUAAAAAUUCAUUCGAAGACGACCACAAAAUUACUGGAGAUUAAUGGUGUUUUACAUUAAAAAAUCAACAAUAGUUGCCUUGUGUACUUGGGCCUAUUCAGCGUUUCGUUUAGUCAGUGUUUUUCAAUUUGAUUGGAAGACCCUAUCUCAAGGACCACGCAAUGUAAAUUUGGUCGACCACUUUCUACAUGUAAAUAUCGUGCCAAAUCUGCUCUAAUGUGCUUAUUAUUUACAUCAAUUUUUAAGUAAAAAUACUUGUUUGGAUCAGCAGGUAU